AUGUUUGCGUACAGAGUCUUUCACUUGGCAAACGCUUUACGCCCCUCACUUGUCCGAGGUGCCCACUUUGCGUCCUUUAACAUUCGUAGUGACUAUCUCCAGAGGAUACGACAUCUCAACAUUCACCAGCUUCUUGUCAUGCCCCUUUCGUUAGCGUACAACGACUACCCACAAGCCCUCGACUCCGUCGUCGCGCACCUGUCGUGCGACGACCAAGUCCGUCUCCGUCUUGUCUGCAAAGCCUUCCUCCGUGCCGUCGACAACAUUCUGAAGCACCACCUGAUCCUGUUCCCGAACGGCGCCAAGAUCUCCGUCCAAGGCGUCGCGCACCGCAUCCCUGGCCUCAAGUCCCUCGAUCUCUCCAAUCCUGGCGAGAUCCCUGAGGCUCACGUCCUCGACGUGCGCGGCUACUUCCCGCCCUCUGUCGACCUCUUCAAGUUGAAAGAGAGCUUUCCCUCGCUCCAAGUGCUGCGGAUGACGAACAGCCGCGGUCGUCUCAAGAGCUACACACCCUACGUGCCUGUGCCCUCCCGCACUGUCGUGCUCUUCACGAACCCGAACGGCUUCGAGUGCAACCCCACUCCACGCGCAGGCUGGGGCGGCCACGACCGCUCAGCCCAUCUCCCCGCGGGGCUUGAGGACGUUCUCCCCGACACCGUGUCCAAGGUCGUAGUCAACAUGAACGGCGACGACAUUCCUGUCGCGGACAUGUGGCGCGCAAUCCAUCGCCCCGCGCCCCACGUCAAGGAGGUCGUCAUCGUCAUUCCCCGCUACAGCAGCCUCGAUGACCCCGGUGCCCUCGGGACGUUCAACGAGCCCAUCGUCGGUAUGGACGUUGCGGACCUUAUCGUCGGUGCGCCUCACGGGUUCGUCGGCUCGGCCGCGACCGCGCCCACCGCCCCCACUGCCAAGUUCACCAUUGUCGGGCUGGAAGCUGUUUCGGUGCCGAACUAUGCCGAGCACUUCCGUGCUGUGCUCCGUGAGCACCUUUCUGCCAACCGUUUCGAGGACGUCGACUACGGUGCAUCCGGUCCCGCUGUCAUUCACGGCGAGGGCGGGCCUGUCUUCGUUCCUGCCACUGGACAGGCCAAGGCUGCGCAUGACGCGAAAGUCGAGAGCAUUCUGCACAUGGUCGAUAUGGUCACCAAGGAAGGGUAUGUGAAAAGAGUUGGAAGGGAGACGGCUCUGCUGGAGCUUGUGGAGAAGCUCGAGAAGAAUCACACUCGUCAACACUGCCAGCCUGCUGCGCCGGCCAAGAUCCAGGGCGAUGUUGGCGUGUUCCGCGGCUGGAUGGGGCUGUUUGAUGAGAUCUUCAGCUUGAAGGCGUAG